GUAUCCCUCCAUGUAAUCGUCACAUAGACAAACAUUUACAACCGUGACUGGAAAAAAUGCAGGACACCGGUGAACAUUUUAAUGGACACAAUGAAGCGGACGCCUGCAGUGGAUAGGAAGUGCCGAGGAGCUCAGUCACCACAGAUGGAGUCACUGUGCGGCUCUGAAGGCAGUAAGACCUCGAACUGGGCAACGGAGCAGACUCCCUGCGGCUGGAGUCCGCGUCUCCACUCCGUCAAGCAUCCAACUCUUUGUGAGGACAAAACUCUAAAGGGGGAAACCUAAGACAUUAAAGGAUUAGAGAGAAACUCAAGAGUCCACCGGUAUGGCUUCUGACACGCAGAUAAACUCUCUGCGCAGGCGCACCAGGAUGUCUCCUCCCUCUACCUGAGAAGAGAGCGCACCUGGGUCCAACGAGACGGAAGUUCUCCACAGCAAAUCUUUUGUGUCUUCUUACAAAAGUGUCUUUGGAGUUCAGGCAAGAAACCGUGGACUUCAAAUGAAGACAGGAUGCCAUUUUUGGAUCAAAAUAUCAAGAAUGAGCGACUUUUUGUCUUUAAUCUGUGACUAAGCGACUCAUGCUGAAUCCAGUCCAAAGCAAGCCGUCUCUCUGAUUAAGAAGAAUGACAGCUCUCCGCAGAGUCCUCCGAAGGCGCCUGCAUCCACUGAAACUGGCGAUUGUGGCCCUCGUCUUUGUCACAUUUGUGUUCCUCAUACAACGGGAAGUAGGGAACCAACAGGAAGACCCAUGGGUGAAAGACACAGCUGUGAAGCGGGAUUCCAUGCUGGACAUGGUGAUUGGAGCUGUCAAUAACUUUAAGGAUGCUAUACCAAAGAUGCAGAUCAGAGCCCCUGUGCGUAGUAGGCAGGACAGUGGGGGCAGCCCGUCCUGUCUGCCGGGUCACUACACUGCAGCAGAGCUCAGGCCGGCGCUCGAGCGUCCGCCUCAGAACCCUCUCGCUCCUGGAUCAGAUGGGAAGCCUUUCUACACAGACUCACUGAGCCCUGAGGAGCAGAAGGAGAAGGAGAGGGGUGAGGAGAAACACUGCUUUAACCUGUUCGCCAGUGACCGCAUCUCUUUGAGCAGAAACCUGGGUGCAGACACAAGACCACCAGAAUGCAUUGAACAAACCUUCAAGCGAUGCCCCCCCUUGCCAACCACCAGUGUGAUAAUUGUGUUUCACAAUGAGGGCUGGAGCACUCUGCUGAGGACAGUAUACAGUGUCCUGCACACCUCCCCGGCCAUUCUCCUCAAAGAGAUCAUCCUGGUGGAUGAUGCCAGUGUGGAAGAUGAAUUAAAGGACGGCCUAGAUGAGUAUUUGAAGCAGCUACACAUCGUCCGAGUUGUCCGCCAGCCAGAAAGAAAAGGACUCAUCACUGCUCGCCUGCUGGGUGCCUCUGUGGCCACCGGUGAAACCUUCACCUUCCUGGACGCCCACUGUGAAUGCUUUCAUGGAUGGCUGGAGCCACUGUUGGCAAGGAUAGCAGAGAAUUACACUGCAGUAGUGAGUCCAGAUAUAACCACUAUAGAUCUCAAUACUUUUGAGUUCAUGAAGCCGUCCCCGUAUGGCCAGAACCACAACCGGGGGAACUUUGACUGGGGGCUCGCUUUUGGCUGGGAGGUUCUGCCAGACCACGAGAAAAAAAGGAGAAAGGAUGAAACGUACCCCAUAAAGACUCCCACAUUCGCUGGUGGACUCUUCUCCAUCUCUAAAGACUACUUCUAUCAAAUCGGAAGUUAUGACGAACAAAUGGAGAUCUGGGGCGGAGAGAAUGUUGAAAUGUCAUUCAGGGUGUGGCAGUGUGGCGGACAGCUGGAGAUCCUCCCUUGUUCUAUUGUCGGUCAUGUUUUCCGCACCAAGAGCCCCCACACCUUCCCCAAGGGGACGCAAGUGAUUGCUCGUAACCAGGUUCGACUGGCCGAGGUCUGGAUGGACGACUACAAAGAGAUCUUUUACCGGCGGAACCAGCAAGCUGCACAAAUUGCAAAAGAUAAAGCCUUUGGAAAUAUCUCCAAACGCGUGGAGCUCCGUGAACGCCUACAGUGCAAAAGCUUCUCUUGGUACCUGAACAACGUUUAUCCAGAAAUCUUUAUGCCUGAUCUCAACCCACUCCGCUUUGGCUCAGUGAAAAAUCUGGGCCGAGACUCGUGUCUGGACGCUGGCGAGAACAAUGAGGGCGGGAAACAAUUGAUUAUGUACCCAUGUCAUGGACUUGGAGGAAACCAGUAUUUUGAGUACUCCACACAUCAUGACAUCAGGCACAACAUGCAGAAGGAGCUGUGUUUGCACGCGGUGGAGGGGGCCGUGAAGCUGGAGGACUGCCAGUAUAAAGGCAGGAACACGUUUGUAGGAGCGGAGCAGAAAUGGGAACUGAAGGAUAACAAGUUGCUCUACUUGCCAUCACGACACAUGUGUCUGAAUGCCCGUCAUGAGAUUCCCACAGUGAGCCUCUGCAACCCUUCAGACAGAUACCAGCACUGGACCUUCAUCUAAAUGUGCAAACUACCACAAAAUACUGGGACAUGAGUUUACUCUACUGCAUGAAGCAGUAUUUUUUUAGAUGAAUGACAAUGAGUUUUAAUUUAUUUUUAUAAAUGGAAGAGCUGAGCUGCUGCUGAAGGGAAGUUUGGACUCUGGGAGAAACCACAGUGUGCGUCUGUGAGAGAACCUUGGAACAAUGAAGACACACUGUGUUGACAAGUGCCUCUUUUGUGCUUAGACAUUUUAGCUAUGCCAAGUCGACACAACCAGCAUGCCUGACUUGGGUAUAUAAAGCCAACACUGAACAACAUAGGAAUCUAUGACUGAGUCAGGCAAAUAUACAGCUCAGUAGAUUAUGUGUAUGCUGAACAAGGGGUUCAAGAUGGACUUGCAGAAAUCAAAACUUUAACCACCAAAGAAACAAAAACAGAAAAACCUGAAACAAACACGUGAUGUGGAUUGUCCCUUUAAAAAUACUUUUAAAAUAAUGUAAAGCUUCUUCUUUGCUGCCGUCCAGUGCCUUAGAUGUUAUUUAAUACUGGGUGGAAGGAGUGGUGGAGGGAUGGGUGAUAUUGAGGUGGGGUUAUUGCAGGAAAAUAAGCAAACACUAAGCCCAGGAAACUUUGCAAUAAAAAGAUUUUAUGGUACACCUAGUGAAAAUAUAAUUCUAAUACAGCAACACUGCAAACAAAUCAAGAUUAUAAGGUUCAGGUUUUCUGUUUUGUCCUGUUUUAGAGAGGUUUUAAUUGAGAUUUAUUAUCAUUUCAGAGGAUGUAGGCUAUGUUGGUUGUAAUUAGAGGUGUCUCUAGUAUCAUGUCCAACCCAUUAAUUAAUAAGGAUUGACAAAGUAAAAACUACACCUCUCUUUACAAUGCAAAGCAUUAGCUCCAAACAGAGCAUAAAGGUAAAUCCAUGCCUCCCAAGAACGAUUUAAUAAAAAAAAAGAAAGUAUAAUCCUCAUGCAAAAAAAUUGUUUUUGCAGAGCAGUUUUAGAUUUAUUUAGGUGUUCCUAAUAAAACUUCAUUUGAGAAGAGACUUUGUAAGAAUUAAGAACUAUCAUUUGAAAAAGUUUGUGGUUGGCAUUUUGAGUGAAAGUGAGCUGGCCCUUUAAAAAUGAGUAACAAUGAGUUUGGACUUGUCUUGUUAAUUUCAAGUGCCAAUGAAAAAAGUUAAAUAGGUGUUUUAAUAUUCAAACUAUGAACAGUAUGUAAAGAAUGACCCUCACUUUAUAAAAUGUCUGCAGUGUUUAUCUUUAUUAUCUGAAGCUGAAUGCUUGGUGUUAAUCAAAAGGGACAUUUCAUGUAAUAUUAAUGCAUGAAGGAACUCUGUUAUUCACAUCCCUGAAACAUUCCCCUCUUUAUCUGGAUAUGAGUUCACAGAUGAAGUUCUGGUGCAGGCACUAGUGUUUCAAUGGAUGUUAUGGAGUAUGGUCAAUUGAUUGAGGUUUGAGUCAGAGUGAAAAACAGUAUGAAUGUGUGUUUACCUUCAGUGGAAUCUUUCUGGUGUUGUCUGACAGCAUUGGUAUACAGAGGUCUUGAUUGUUGCUCAAUAAAUUCAGUGGGGUAGUCCUGAGA